AUGACUCGUUUAUACCAGUUUCUCUACGAUGAAUUGAGCAAUGAUAACCGAUAUAUGGAAUGGCCACUUGUUUUCGUGCCUGAUUCGCCUUCAUCAGAAAAGACUGAUUUAUGUGCUGGUCACUUUUUGUUUAUUAAUGAAGUAGCGUGGGAUGAUUCAACACAUUUAUUGCCUGAACACAAUUUUAUCAAAGCAUUGUAUCCAGAUCUGGAAACUUUUUUCAAACAUGUAUUACAAAUACCGUCGAUACCAAAUGUAAAAUGUUACAUAGGAUUAUUAGAAAAGUAUUCAAAAGAAAAUAUAACUGAUCAGCAAACAGAGAAUGUAUGGAAAAUAUUCGAAAACUUAAAUGAUGAAGAUAAUGACAGCAUUAUUAAAUUAUUUCGACAUCGAUCUCUUAUACCAAGUAUGACAAAAUGCGAAUGGAUAAAACUUGAUGAUGAACCAUAUAUUCCCGAUGACAAAAUUGUGGCACAAUUAUUUGAAUUAGAACGAUUGCCAAUAAUUAAAUUGCCUGAAUACGGUUUAACAACAAAUGGACGAAAAUUUCUUGAUAAACUUCAAUGCAAAAAUUUCUCUGAAGUAUUAAAAUCAAAUGUAAAUGUUACAAAUGAAAAACUGUUCGAUGAUGUACAACAAUUUUAUAUAAAAACUUUACCAUUUGUUUCUAAUUAUUUAUACAAUGAGACAGACAUGUUUGAUGAAUCAUAUGACAAACGAAAAUUACGUGAAAUAUUUUUGCAAAUGAAAUUUUUCAGUGUUGAUAGUGUUCAAGAGACAUAUAGAUACAAACAUAUAUCAUUUGAUCAUGCUUAUCAUUGUUAUCUUGAUGAAAAAUCUAAAAAAUUUUAUUUAUUAAACACACAUCGUUAUUCACACAGUAUUGAUACAAUGAUAAAAUUUAUUAUUGACGAUGCUGUUAAAGAAUGUCAUCAUAAACGAAAUAAGCUGGAUAAAUAUUACAAAAAGUUAUUAGUAGCUUAUUCAAGAAAUCAAUUAGAACAAAAUAUGAUGAAUGAUAAUGAUCCAUCAAAACCAAUAUGGAUAAUAGAUAUCAACAGUAAGGAAAACGAUGACAAUGAAGAUAAAACUAAUGUAGUAGAAAAUAUCAAUAAUCACGAUACAGACCAGAAUAUUUUCAAUGAUCCAGUACUAGCUGAUAAAAUACUUAAUGAAGAAAAACUUCUAAUACCAAAAUCGAAGUCAAAUCAGAAAAAAACUUAUCAACAGUCUGAUAUCAAUACUUCGAAUUCUGAUAUCAAUAUGGUUGAAAAAACAAGCAAGUCAACAAAGGAUAAUAAUAUAAGCAACGAUGAUCAGUCCACAAACAAUUUACGAAAAGAACAUCAUCGAACAGAUACCGCCUUGAAUUUCAUACCGAAGAAACAAAAUAUAGUCCAGUUUAAACAUGUUGAUCUCAACAAUCCAAAGAUAUCGGAUGAGGAUGAUUUAGCAGAAAAUUCUAACGAAGAUAUGGACGAAGAAAGUCUUCUAAAAAUUGGACGCACAGGAGAAAAAUGGAUAUAUAGAUAUUUAAAAGAUUUAUAUCAUCUUAAUGAAAAUGUAUCGAUAAAAUGGCUGAAUGAAAAUUGUGAAACAGGAUUACCUUACGAUAUUGAAAUUAAUUUUAUUGACAAAUCUCAAGAUACUCAACGAAUUGAAGUAAAAACAACGUCAAAACAUGUUGAUAAUUAUCAGUUUUCAAUAUCAAUACAAGAAGUUGAAGAGAUAUUGCGAUAUCCUAACACCUAUUACAUAUAUCGAGUCAAUUUGAAUAAUCGUUCAUUGACAAUUAUAGAUAAUAUUACACAGAAUUUAUCCGAUAAACGACAACUGCAAUUGAAAAUGAAUGUUUUAACAUCGGAUGAUUUAAAUGAGAAAAAAUAA